AUGAAUACAAAAUCACAUAGAAAUAACAGAGGAAUUACAAUUAGACGCGUUAGCGGUAAUAGCUCCGAUGAUUCCUUAUUAGAUUCCGAGUCCGAUGAGGAUGUAAUAGUAUCUCCCCGACGACGAAUAAAUGUUAUUGAUAGUGAUGAAGAAUUUAGUACUCAAUUCUCGUCAGAUGAGGAAGAUGCAGGAGAUUGCCCUAAAGUCCCUGAAGCACCCCAUUCUUCUAUGACCUAUUUUCGACAACAAUUUGACAAGGAAAUUAUAAGCAAUAUAGUUGACUAUACCAACAUGUAUGCACUGCAAUAUGAUCCAGCAAAACCCAUUGCUGUUUCAGUGAAUGAAAUCGAAUAUUCUUUGGCUGCUGUUUUUUUUAUGUCCAUUUACGGAUUACUGAGAACUGAAAUGUAUUGGAAUUCAAAGACAAGAGUGUCUGCUGUUGCCGAUACUAUGAGUCGUACGCGAUGGAGAGAAAUAAAAUCAAAAAUACAUUUUAGUAGAAAUUUACAGGCCAAUGCAACAAACAAUGCAGAAGUGACCGAUAGUUUACAAAAAAUAAGACCCAUUCUGGAUAAAUUGGUGAAAAAUUUUAAUCGCAUUCCAAUGUCUGAACACGUAUGUGUUGACGAGCAGAUUAUACCGUUCAAAGGAAGACAUAGGCUAAAAAACUAUAUGCCCAAAAAAUCUAAAAAAUGGGGCUACAAAGCUUUUUUACUGUGUGACUCAUCAGGACUCAUUUAUAAUUUUGAAAUUUACACCGGCAAAGUGAUACGUGAUCCCGAAUUACCUAAUGUCGGAAGUAGUGGUAAUAUGGUAUUACGUUUAGCAAAAAUUAUUCCCAAACAAUUGUUUUACAAAAUUUGUUUCGAUAAUUGGUUUUCAACGUUGCCUUUAGUAUUUGAAUUAGAAAAAUUAGGAAUUCAGAGUGUUGCAACUGUGCGGGUCACCAUAAAUGCGGUAAAGUGGUACGACAAUAAGGCUGUUCAUUUGAUAAGCACGUUUUGCGAAAUUGAACCAGUAGACAUAGUGAAAAGGUGGGACAAAAAAGUAAACAGAAUGAUCGAUGUACAACGACCAAAUAUAGUGAAAACAUACAACCAACACAUGGGUGGAAUAAAUUUGGUUGAUUCGUUGAUAGCGUUGUAUCGAAUAAAAAUUCGAUCAAAGAAGUGGUACUGCCGCAUUAAAGGUGUUCCGAAAAUUAAAUGUUCCAAAUGUAAUGUUAAUUUAUGUUUAACGCCAAGUGCAAACUGUUUUGUGGAAUUCCACGCUUAA